AUGUGGUUGUUAGCACUAGUUGCGUUUUCGCUUAUAAAGAGUGCAUACUUCCAAACUACACAGAAUAUCAACGUUUUGCUUGUCAACGAAGAGAACAAUGCACUGGCUGAAAAGUCGUUUGAAAUAGCCAAAGAGUAUGUGCGCCGGAAUCCUAACCUGGGUCUCGCUAUAGAUCCCGUUAUCGUUGUAGGCAAUCGUUCCGAUGCUAAGGCGUUUUUGGAAAACGUUUGUAGAAAGUACAACGACAUGAUUUCGUCGAAGAAAACCCCGCACGUGGUUUUGGAUUUUACAAUGACAGGAGUGGGCUCGGAAACCAUUAAAUCGUUUACUGCAGCCUUGGCUUUACCGACUAUUUCUGGAUCGUUCGGCCAAUCGGGUGACUUGCGGCAGUGGCGAACCUUGGAUAGAAACCAAACUAAAUUCUUGCUCCAGGUAAUGCCACCGGCCGAUAUCCUUCCUGAAUCGAUAAGAGCAAUCGUUACUAAGCAAGACAUUACCAACGCAGCUAUUAUUUUCGACGAGUUUUUCGUCAUGGAUCACAAGUACAAAUCGCUACUUCAGAACAUACCGACUCGACACGUUAUAACGCCAGUAAAAAGUUUUAGUAAGGAUGACAUCAAAACCCAACUGAGGAGUCUGAGGGAAUUGGACAUCGUUAAUUUCUUUGUGGUCGGCAGUUUGCGAACCAUAAAGAAUGUCCUCGAUGCUGCCAACGAGAACCAAUACUUUGGGAGGAAAACCGCAUGGUUCGCUCUGACCUUGGACAAAGGGGACAUAAGCUGUGGAUGUAAAGAUGCCACUAUCAUCUACAUGAAGCCGACUCCUGACGCUAAAAGCAGAGACCGGCUUGGCAAGAUCAAAACCACCUACAGCAUGAACGGUGAACCAGAGAUAACCUCGGCAUUUUACUUCGAUCUGUCUCUAAGAACUUUCUUGUCCAUAAAAUCCCUGCUGGAUUCUGGAAAAUGGCCAAACGAUAUGAAAUAUAUUACGUGCGACGACUACGAUGGCAAGAACACACCGAAUAGGUCUUUGGACUUAAAAACGGCUUUUCAAGAGGUAAAAGAAACGCCAACGUACGCGCCAUUUUACAUCCCAGAGGACGACCCGAUGAAUGGCCGGAGUUUCAUGGAGUUCAACACGGACUUGGCGGCUGUGACGAUCAAAGACGGCGCGUCGGUCGGCAGCCGGUCACUGGGGUCUUGGAAGGCGGGCCUCUCGAGCCCCCUGUCGCUAACCGACCCUGACAACAUGACAGAGUACUCGGCGCAGUUGGUCUACAGAAUUGUGACGGUCGAGCAAAACCCUUUCAUCAUAAAAGACGACGACGCGCCGAAGGGUUUCAAAGGUUAUUGCAUAGAUUUGAUCGAAGGUAUUCGACAAAUUGUGAAGUUCGACUACGAAAUAACGUUAGCACCCGAUGGGAACUUCGGAACGAUGGACGAGAAUGGCAACUGGAAUGGCAUUAUCAAGGAACUUAUGGAAAAAAGGGCUGACAUAGGUUUGACGUCACUGUCGGUAAUGGCGGAAAGGGAAAACGUCGUGGACUUCACCGUACCAUACUACGAUUUGGUCGGAAUCACCAUUUUGAUGAAGCUGCCCCGGACGCCAACUUCGCUUUUCAAAUUCCUAACGGUCCUGGAGAAUGAUGUUUGGCUGUCAAUUUUGGCGGCAUAUUUUUUCACGAGUUUCCUCAUGUGGGUCUUCGACAAGUGGAGUCCGUACAGCUACCAGAACAACCGGGAAAAGUACAAGGACGACGAGGAGAAGCGAGAGUUCACAUUGAAGGAGUGUCUAUGGUUUUGUAUGACGUCACUAACUCCUCAGGGCGGAGGGGAAGCCCCGAAGAACCUAUCCGGACGACUGUUGGCCGCCACCUGGUGGCUGUUUGGGUUCAUAAUAAUAGCUUCAUACACAGCCAACUUAGCUGCCUUCCUGACAGUCUCACGUUUGGACACUCCUAUAGAAUCCCUGGAUGAUCUGUCCAAGCAGUACAAGAUACAGUAUGCUCCACUCAACGGCUCCUCAGCUAUGACUUACUUUGAGAGGAUGGCGAACAUUGAAGUGAGGUUUUAUGAAAUAUGGAAAGAGAUGAGCCUCAACGACAGCCUCAGCGACGUGGAGCGGGCGAAGCUAGCGGUUUGGGACUACCCCGUGAGCGACAAGUACAGCAAGAUGUGGCAGGCGAUGAAGGAGGCGGGACUGCCCAACUCCAUCGAGGAAGCCGUGGAGAGAGUCCGCGCCUCCAAGAGUUCCAGUGAAGGUUUCGCCUGGCUGGGUGAUGCCACCGAUGUCCGCUACCACGUGCUGACCAGCUGCGACCUGCAGAUGGUGGGCGACGAGUUCUCCCGCAAGCCCUACGCCAUCGCCGUCCAGCAGGGCUCGCCCUUGAAGGAUCAGUUCAAUAACGCAAUCCUCCAACUUCUAAACAAGCGUAUUCUAGAAAAGCUAAAAGAGAACUGGUGGAACAACAACCCUAACGCGAAGAAAUGCGAGAAACAGGACGACCAAUCCGACGGCAUCUCCAUACAGAAUAUCGGGGGGGUUUUCAUAGUUAUUUUCAUGGGUAUCGGUCUGGCCUGCAUAACCCUGGGUGUGGAGUACUGGUGGUAUAAGUGGAGACGGCGACCGACCAUCGGGGAUGUUACUCAGGUGGAGCCUGCAAAAGUACCCAGAAACAACGCUGGAAAUGUGAAGAAAGACGAGGGAUUCUCAUUCCGAUCCAGAACCCUAGGUUUUAGCAGUUUGAAACCUAAGUUCUAGAUUUCUGGAGUUUUGCAGUUAAUUUCUUAGAAUUGAUCUCAAAGUAGAUUGUGGGAGAAGUAAAUUUUUAAGUAUAAGCACAGAAUAGA